AAUCAGCUUGGCGGGCGGUUGGAGUGCGAGUUGAAGAUAGAUAUAGGAGAUUAAAUCGUAUAAUUUUCAUUUCCAGAUAGAAUAACUUUUGAGUCGGUUUACAAUCGGUGGACAAAACGGAAACGGGAAUAACUUGAAGAAUGGUGCGAGAAGAAGAAAAAGUUAUUCCAGUACGUGUGGCCUUGCGCUGUCGUCCACUUGUACGUAAGGAAAUUGAAGAAGGAUGUCAGAUGUGCUUAACGUUUACGCCAGGAGAGCCACAGGUUCUUUUGGGAAUUGACAAGUGUUUUUCAUAUGAUUAUGUCUUCGAUCCCUGUGUAGAGCAAGAAGAAGUGUUUAAUGUCACAGUUAAUCCGCUCAUUCAGGGAAUAUUUAAAGGGUACAAUGCGACAGUAUUGGCAUAUGGACAGACUGGUUCUGGGAAGACCUAUUCAAUGGGUGGCACAUACACUUCAGGGCAGGAGGGUGAUCCAAGUGUUGGUGUCAUUCCAAGAGUAAUAAAUAUGCUCUUUCAGAAGGUUGAAGAAAAUUUGGAAAAUGAUUUUGCAUUGAAGGUCUCCUAUCUGGAGAUUUACAAUGAGGAGAUCAUAGAUCUACUGGAUUCGUCUCGGGAGAAAUUACCAAUACACAUUAGAGAAGAUCCCAAAGAAGGAAUAAAGAUUGUAGGACUAAUAGAGAGGAAAGUAAACACUGCAAUGGAUAUGGUGGGUUGUCUAGAACAAGGGAAUUCUACAAGGACAGUUGCUGCAACAGCUAUGAACACCCAGUCAUCCAGAUCACAUGCUAUCUUCACUAUUACGGUUGAGCAGAGAAAGAGAAGUGAUAAAAACUACUACAUCCGUUCCAAAUUGCAUCUGGUGGACCUGGCAGGGUCAGAGCGCCAAAAGAAAACCAAAGCAGAAGGUGACCGUCUGAAAGAAGGGAUUAACAUCAACCGUGGAUUGUUGGCCCUUGGCAAUGUCAUCAGUGCACUUGGUGAUGAGAAUAAUCGCAAAGGCUUUGUACCAUAUCGUGACUCAAAACUAACAAGAUUGCUUCAAGACUCACUUGGUGGAAACAGUCACACAUUGAUGAUAGCUUGCGUCAGUCCUGCUGAUUCUAACCUCGAGGAGACUCUAAAUACACUCCGUUACGCUGACAGAGCGAGGAAGAUAAAGAAUAAGCCUGUGGUUAACUUUGAUCCGCAGGCUGCUGAACUACAACGCCUUAAACAACAGGUGCAAGAACUUCAAGUGCUGUUGCUACAAGCACAUGGAGGGACAGUUGAAAUGAGUAAUAGAGUGGAUGAAUCUGAGAAACGACAAUCUGCAAUGGAGGCAGCAAGAUUACAAAGGGAGGAAGUAGAAAAUCUGAGCAAAGAACUUCGUGAAGCUGUUGGCCAGACAACACAGAUGUGUGAAAGAGUUAUAGUGAUGGAACAGGUGAAUGAGAAGCUGAUGCACCAGCUGAGUGAACUUUCGAAGCACCCUGCGUGCAAAUUGGACUUGGACAAACUAAUUGAAAUCUCAUCCAGUGAAGAAGCAAAGGAGCAAGUUGAUGCUCUACGCGGUCUACAGCAAAUGGUUGCCAAGUUGGAGAAUGAAUGUAUAGAAAUUGUACCUGAAUUGGAAGGAAUUGACAUUGACCAUCAGUUGGAAGAAAAGCCAGAUGAAAAUGGAGCCUUAAAAGAAAAGAGGGAUUCUGAUCCUUUCACCGCCAGUCACGCAUUGAGACAUGCUCAAAUGUCAAAAGAGCUGAUGGAGCUGAAUAAAGUAUUAGCACUUAAAGAAGAACUUGCACGGAAAAUGUCCCAGGGUGACUGUGAAAUGGAACCUGUCCAUGUUGUGUAUAAGGAGAGCAUCAAAUCCCUUGAGAGUGAAGUUUCUGCCCUACAAAAAGAAAAAGAAGAGCUCGUACUGGCACUACAUAGUGCAAAGAAGGACGCCAAUGCAACCAAGGUUAGUGAACGUCGAAGGAAGCGUCUUCAAGAGUUGGAAACUGAAAUGGCAAACCUUAAAAAGAAGCUGCAGGAGCAGUCAAAAAUCAUUAAAAUCAAAGAAAAGUCGGAAGGAACUGUUAACAAACUGAAUCAAGAGAUUCAGGCUCUGAAGUGUCAGAGAGUUCAACUGAUGCGUCAGAUGAGAGAGGAAGCUGAGAAGUCUCGUAGAUGGAAAGCAGAAAAAGACAAGGAGGUUCUGCAACUGAAGGAGAAGGAUCGUAAAAGGCAGUAUGAGCUGCUGAAACUAGAACGAAACUACAAACAGCAAGCAAACGUAUUACGGCGAAAGACUGAAGAAGCUGCUGCUGCAAACAAACGUUUGCGUGAUGCGUUACAGAAGCAGAAGGAUGCUUCUGAAAAACGGAAAGAAUUAAACCGUGGAAUGGAAGGGACUGCAGCUAGAAUUAAGAAUUGGCUGGUCAAUGAACUGGAGGUACUUGUAAGUAUAGAGGAAGCUCGUCAUCACUUGAACACUCUACUAGAUGAUCGGAAAGUUUUGGCACAGGAGCUUGCCUUUCUCAAAGAAAAGAAAGAGGCCCAUCAUCCACCACCAAAACUUCGGAGGCGAACUUUUACAUUAACUGAGUUGAUGAAAAACACAGAACAGGAUCCAUCUUUAAAGAAGCAAAUUGAAAAUGUGGAAACAGAAAUAGAACUCAGGAGUGCUCAAAUUGCUGAUCUCCAACAAAAGUUGAUGGAUGCAGACAACGAAGAGAGGCUUAAACAUCGAUGGGAUUCAAUUGCCACAAUAGUGGAAGCAAAGUGUGGAUUAAAGUGGCUGAUGAAAGAGUUGGUAUCUUCUAAAGCGUCGUACAGUAAACUGAAUAGUGUACUGAUCCAGACAAAAGCUGAUAGUGUGGAGCUGCAAAACAAUUUAAUUGAAGAACAAAACCGCAUAGCUGAAAUGGAAACUGAACAUCAGCAACAGCUGCUGGAUCAAGAGCAGCGACACCAGGAGAAGGUCUUCUAUCUGCUUAGCCAAUUGCCUCAAAACUCGAAUGUUACAAUGGGUUCCCUUCAGGAUCAAGAGGCCCAGCUUCUGGAGAGGCUUAAGUUCCAGGAUGAAGAGAUCCGGAAGAUGAAUGAGUUGUGUGAGCAAAAUCAGCAAUUGGUGGAAGAGAAUGAAAUGUAUAAGCAAAAACUGAACCUCCUUCAGUAUGCAACUGCUAACCUGGGUGAUAGUAGCCGAGUGCCUUCAAGUUCUCCAUAUGACUACGUUCCUCCCAAGCCAAAAAACAAGAGAAAGACCUCUGCAAAGCCGAACAUGAUGACUCCACGUCUGACUAUGGAAGAGCUCUUAUCUGAUUCUGAGUCUGACGAUAAUUCUCUGGAUCAUGAUGAUGAUUGGAUACCUAAGAAAAUCAAAGGAAAUAAGAAAGCAAGUUCUGGGUGUUCCUGCAAAGGUCGCUGUGCCAACCGGCAAUGCAAAUGCAGGAAAAAUAAAAUGGAUUGUGGCGAUCACUGCAGGUGCUUCACCGAUCAGUGUCACAAUCGUCUUAAUAUGCAACAAGAUGCGUUUGAUGAAAAUGAUUUUGAGGGAUCUAUUAAACUGGAUGAUCCCACUGAAUCGGAGUCUCGCUUCUUUGAGCCACUCAGUGUCAGCUCUGCUGAUAAGGUUCUAACUGACAUCACUGACCUUGGGCAAACAAAGCUGAAGCUAAUUCGUAAACCACUGAAGGAGAAUGAAGACUUGAAGAAUACAUUUAACAAAAAGAAAAAGAAAACACUGUCAAACUGUACCACCAGUUUCUUCACCGGAUAUCCUUCAGCCCCUGAAGAUUUGGAAUAAAUUAGCUAAAGCCUGUUCUGUAAAUAUGUUCUUAAUAUGUCUACUUGAUCAUUCCAAGAAAGUUAAUUGGUGUACUGACUUGUUCAAAUCGCAUCUAGUCAGGUGCAUAAUUCUUUCUAUCCUAUUUUUCUUGUGUCCUUUUAUCUGUUGGUGUAUGAGAGAAGGAGAGUAUGUGACAGUAUUUUAAUAGCAGUAUCAGUUAUCCUGUUUGGUUUGCUCCAGAUGGAGUAAAAUUGAAACAGAUUUUUUUAAUUUCUGGAAGAAUAUUUGAAUAAAUGCUUGCUUUAUCUUGCUUUUAGUCUGGAUUAAAUAUUUUAUGUUUUAAAUAUUCAUCACUUAACUAUCACUUGUCAUGAUACUGAAUUUGUGAAAGUGGCAAGCACUGUUGGAUUCUGAAUGUUUGGUUCCAAGAAGCUGGAAUACUUUAAAUUCAGCUGUGAUUGUAUCCUGCCCCUGAGACAUAUUUGCCAUGUGGUAAUGUACAAUUAGGGGUUGAAUUUCAAUUUUUAAAGAUUCUCCAUUAAAUGGUGAAUCAUAGCUUUUCUCUAAUUUAAUAAAUUUCUGUAGUUUAUAAUUAAAUAAAAAUAAUUGAUUUAGC